UCUCGCGUCAGUUUUCAUUCGGCUGUAAAAAGCAAUGUCAUCUUAAACGUGACAGUUUCCAGACAUGCAGAAAAACCGGUGAAGCAACUGGGAUCCAUGUGAUAUGCUAUUAUAAAGAUGGCGUUUAUUAAAGAGGAGAGUGACGACAUGAGGAUUGAAGAGGACUUUAGAGUAAAACAAGAAGACGCUGAGGAUCAGACAGAUCUGAUCAUACUGAAAGAAGAAGGCCCUGAGAUGAAUGAAAUAGAAAAAAAAGAUCAGUAUGAGAAGCAUCACGAUAUCACGAUUGGAGAAAAAUCCACACAGACUGGAAAGACUUCCUCACGAAAAAGAGCUCAAAAGACAGAAUCUAACAGUUAUUUUACCUGCCCUCAGUGUGAAAAGAGUUUCAAUCAAAAACAAAACCUUGAAGUCCACAUGAGAGUUCACACUGGAGAGAAACCUUUCAGCUGCCAACAAUGUGGAAAGUGUUUCACUCAAAAAGGAAACCUUAAGAGUCACUUGAGAAUUCACACUGGUGAGAAGCCUUACACCUGCAAACUGUGUGGAAAGAGCUUCACAGCAGAACCAAACCUUAAGUAUCACAUGAACAUUCACAAUGGAGUGAAGCCGUUCACUUGUGAUCAGUGUGGAAAGAGUUUUACACGUAAAGUAACCCUUAAUUACCACAUGAGAAGUCACUCAGGAGAGAAUGGCUUAAUAUGUCUUGAUUGUGGAAAGAAUUUCAGUCAUAAAGUAAGCCUCAAGACUCACAUGAGACUUCACACUGGAGAGAAGCCUUACAAAUGCCCUCAGUGUGGGAUGAGUUUCACAUAUAAAGCAUCCCUCGAUUCCCAUGUGGGGAAUCACAGUGGAGAGAGUCCUUAUGCCUGCAAAGUGUGUGGAAAGAGAUUCUCGCUAAAAGGAAAUCUUAAGACUCACAUGAGAAUUCACACUGGAGAGAAGCCGUUCAUAUGUGUUCAGUGUGGAAAAUGUUUCACACGUAAAGUAACCCUUAAUUGCCACAUGAGGAUUCACUCAAGACAGGAUUGUUAUAUAUGUCAUGAAUGUGGAAAGAGUUUCCCAGACAUGAAGCAACUGAACAGUCAUGUAAUAAUUCACUCCGGAGAGAAGCCUUUUAAAUGCCAGCAGUGUGGAAAGGGAUUCCAAUUCAAUAAAAACCUUAAGACUCACAUGACAAUUCACACCAGAGAAAAGCCUUUCAGAUGCCAUCACUGUGGAAAGAGUUUCAGUUAUAAAGUAAGCCUUAAGACUCACAUGAGACUUCACACUGGAGAGAAGCCUUAUACAUGCCCUCAGUGCGGAAAGAGUUUUACAUACACAGCAACGCUUAAUGCCCACAUAAGAAGUCACACUGGAGAGAGGCCGUUCAUAUGUGGUCAGUGUGGAAAGAGUUUCACACGUAAAGGAAACCUUAAUUACCACUUGAGGAUUCACUCAAGAGAGAACUCUUUUAAAUGUUGUCAGUGUGGAAUGAGUUUUACAGACAGGAAUCACCUUAAGAUUCAUGUAAUUACUCACAUCGGAGAGAAGCCUUUCAUGUGCAAUCACUGUGGAAAGAACUGCACAAACAAAGCGAAUCUUGAAGUUCACAUAAGAGUUCACACUGGAGAGAGGCCUUUCAGCUGCCCUCAGUGUGGGAAGAGUUUUACCCUUAAAGGAAAUCUUAAGACUCACAUAAGAGUUCACACAGGAGAGAAGCCUUUCACGUGUCUUCAGUGUGAGGAGAGUUUUACAUAUCAAAGAGACCUGAAACGCCAUUUGCAAACUCAUUCCGAAAAGAAAUUACAGUGUUCCGAAUGUGGAAAGGGAUUUAGAAAAGAUAGCAAUUUCAAAAAUCACCUGCACAUUCACUCUGGAAGAAGGCGAUUUCAUUGUGAUCAGUGUAAUAAAAAAUUUCUUUCGCCGUUGCACUUACAGAUACACCUGAAAAGUCAUGCGGAUGUGAGACGCCAUUUGUGUUCUUUGUGUGGAAAGAAGUUUAAAUGGCUCAGCAAUUUAAGAUGGCACCAGAAAAUACAGAUCUGUGUGAAACUGUCUAUGUUCACACCUCAGCUGAAUGUGGGCCAAAUCUGAUUGUCCAGCUUCAUGACCAUUUGCAUCCUUUAUCUCUGUAUUCUUUGUCUUGGGGCUUUUUUCUUUUCUUUUCUGAUAUACAUAGGAACUUUUGCGGCCACACAUCAAUAUUUCUUUUGCUAUAUAAAAUAUUGAGUCGUUGUAGUAGACACCAUCUAAUUUUGAUUCUAUAGAGGCGUCGCUACAUUCCAUAUACUGAUACACUAUAUUGCCAAAAGUAUUUACUCACCUGCCUUGACUCGCAUAUGAACUUAAGUGACAUCCCAUUCCUAAUCCAUAGGGUUCAAUAUGACGUCGGUCCACCCUUUGCAGCUAUAACAGCUUCAACUCUUCUGGGAAGGCUGUCCACAAGAUUUAGGAGUGUGUUUAUGGGAAUUUUUGACCAUUCUUCCAGAAGCGCAUUUGUGAGGUCACACACUGAUGUUGGAUGAGAAGGCCUGGCUCUCAGUCUCCGCUCUAAUUCAUCCCAAAGGUGUUCUAUCAGGCUGAGGUCAGGACUCUGUGCAGGCCAGUCAAGUUCAUCCACACCAGACUCUGUCAUCCAUGUCUUUAUGGACCUUGCUUUGGAAGAGGAAUGUUGGAAGAGGAAGGGGCCAGCUCCAAACUGUUUCCACAAAGUUGGGAGCAUGGAAUUGUCCAAAAUGUCUUGGUAUGCUGAAGCAUUCAGAGUUCCUUUCACUGGAACUAAGGGGCCAAGCCCAGCUCAUGAAAAACAACCCCACACCAUAAUCCCCCCUCCACCAAACUUUACACUUGGCACAAUGCAGUCAGACAAGUACCGUUCUCCUGGCAACUGCCAAAUCCAGACUCGUUCAUCAGAUUGCUAGAUGGAGAAGCGCGAUUCGUCACUCCAGAGAACACGUCUCCACUGCUCUACAGUCCAGUGGCAGCGUUCUUUACACCACUGCAUCCAACGCUUAGCAUUGCACUUUGUGAUGUAUGGCUUGGAUGCAGCUGCUCGGCCAUUGAAUCCCAUUCCAUGAAGCUCUCUGCACACUGUUCUUGAGCUAAUCUGAAGGCCACAUGAAGUUUGUAGGUCUGUUGCGAUUGACUCUGCAGAAAGUUGGCGACCUCUUCGUACUAUGCGCCUCAGCAUCAGCUGACCCCGCUCCGUCAGUUUACGUGGCCUACCACUUCGUGGCUGAGUUGCUGUCGUUCCCAAACGCUUCCAUGUUCUUAUAAUACAGCUGACAUUUGACUGUGGAAUAUUUAGGAGCAAGGAAAUUUCAUGACUGGACUUGUUGCACAGGUGGCAUCCUAUCACAGUUCCACGCUGGAAUUCACGGAGUUCCUGAAAGCAACCCAUUCUUUCGCAAAUGUUUGUAAAAAGAGUCUGCAUGCCUAGGUGCUUGAUUUUAUACGCCUGUGGCCAUGGAAGUGAUUGGAACACCUGAUUCCGAUUAUUUGGAUGGGUGAGCGAAUACAUUUGGCAAUAUAGUCUAUCUCUGAAUCAUAAUAUUAGUUAAACUUCUGUCUUGCUGAGAAUUACUACAAUACACAGUUUUAGAAAGACUGUAAAUAAAAGGACAUAAACUUAACGAAAUAAUGAACAUUGAACUUCCUAUUCAUCAUUAGUGAGAGAAUGCACAGUAAAGAUCAGGGUUGCCAGGUUUUCAUAACAAAACCCGCUCAAUUGCUACUCAAACCUAGCCCAAAACUAGCCCAAUCACAUUUCGAGGAGGUCCACCGUUAAAAAUUGUGUUCCAGGGAAUAAAAUACAGGGUUUUUUUGUCGAUGUUCCCCUGGUAAAUUUGUAUUUCAGGGGCCAAAUAUGACAUUAUUGGGGUCUCUUCAACCUGCGGACAUCAAAAACAACCUGCUGCAACAGUGUUAAUGUAGCCCAAUUUCGCAAGAAAACCGCAGACUUGGCAACACUGUUAAAGAUGGAUGUAAGGUGUCAUCUAGUGACAUCUGGAAGCUAUGUUUUGUAAUAGCAGUCCGACUUCUGAUAUUUUUUUUUUUUUUUAGCUUAUUAGUCUAGUUAAUGUAAUUUGUGCAAUGCACACUGUUAGCACAGCAUUACAACUAAUGCAGUGAAGGUCAAAGUAAACAUCCGUUUUGAUUCAAAUUACUUUUAAAGUAUACUCCAAUUGAUGCCGUGUGUAAACACAGGUGCACUAGAAUGUUGUUCAAAGUAGAAUUGUGAGUGUCUUUCAACCCCCCAACAAGCACUUAUCAAUGUAAGCAUCUGUUGCAUCUCCUGUAGUUUGUUGUUGUUGUUUUGUCAGCUUGUUUUCUUUUCCGAAUGUAAAACUUGUCCACUUUGUGGACAAACUAGUUUACAAGGGCAAAACAAUUCAAGACGCAUGCGCAUGAGCUGAGUGUACAGAGUAUGCAAUGUUAGAAAAAUAUGGUUUUGCAUGUAGGUAUGUACAUACUAUGCUGAUGAUGAUAUUCAAGUUUCUUAAAGAAACAGUUCACCAAAAAAAUCUAAAUUUGCUGUUAAUCAGUGGGUGUCUUCUGUCUGAGAGUCAAAAAAAGUAACACAAAAUAAAUAUUUAUGAAGUGAAUGUGAAGUGACGUGAAACGACUUUUGAACUAAUUACUUGUAAUCCAGAGCAUCAGAUAAGCCAGACCUGGGCAAACUUGGUCCUGGAGGGCCGGUGUCCCUGCAGAGUUUAGCUCCAACCCUGAUAAAACUCACCUGUUUGUAGCUUUCUAGUAAACCUGAAGACACUUG